UUCUGCUAUCCAGAUAUUUAUUCUACUAUUUUUAUCCAUCUAGUAGCUAGUUUCGAUCAGCGCAGGUAGUUCUUUGCUGUUCGCUUAUCUUCAUUCGUAGAUCCGGUUGAUUCUCCUUGUUUUGCGUCUCUACCUGUUUUUGGAGAAGAUGAGCUUGCUAGGUUGUAGUUUUAGCGAAUCAGAUUGCUCAAUUGGUUUCGAUUAGGUUUUUUUCUCACGGCUGAGAGGAGAUUCUGAUGGCGUCGAAAAGGAUUCUGAAGGAGCUCAAGGAUUUGCAGAGAGAUCCUCCGACGUCGUGCAGCGCUGGUCCUGUAGCAGAAGACAUGUUCCAUUGGCAAGCAACAAUCAUGGGCCCUUCUGAGAGUCCAUAUGCUGGAGGUGUAUUUUUAGUUUCAAUUCAUUUCCCACCCGAUUAUCCCUUUAAACCUCCGAAGGUUGCAUUUAGGACAAAAGUAUUCCACCCUAACAUCAAUAGCAAUGGAAGCAUUUGCCUUGAUAUUUUGAAAGAGCAGUGGAGUCCAGCAUUGACUAUUUCUAAGGUCCUGCUGUCUAUUUGCUCGUUGUUGACGGAUCCAAACCCUGAUGAUCCUCUUGUUCCGGAAAUUGCUCACAUGUACAAGACAGACCGGGCAAAAUACGAGUCGGCUGCUCGUAGCUGGACCCAGAAAUAUGCCAUGGGAUGAAAAUCCUGAAGUAUCGGUGAGGUGUUUUUUCGUAUUUUGUCUUGUCGGGUUCAUACUGGCAGUGUACUGAAUUUCUCAUUGUGCUUAAUUUGAAGUUUGGAUACAAGCUCCGAAUGUUGUAGCCAAUAUACGGGGCUGGAACGAAUCUAAAUGUAUGGGUUUUCGAUCUAUCAAUGAGCAAAACAAGUUGCCAGUGUUA